UCCCAGAGCUGAGAGCAGGGUUACCGCGCCCAUCGCUGCUGUUUGAUGGCGGUAGGAAGAGUUUGAUAUAUUACUGGUGUGAAGAAGUAGUGAAUAGGGGAACGACGGUGGGAAAGACAAGAAGGAUAGAAGAUUGGAAAGAGGCUGUUUUGAGUUAGAAGACCGUCCCUAGACUCAAACGCAUUGUUGUUCCACAAAGCAUUUGGUAGGGUAAACAUUGCUUCAUUUUUGUGCGGGUGUGACUCCCCCUUGGCGGAUCGAAAGCUGGGUUCGGGGAGUGCCGCUCCUCGAUAGCUUGCUAGCUCUAGUCUGUGUAUUAGUAGGUGGAGAGGAGUCGAUCUUCGCUGUUUCCAGUCAAUGCGAUAUAAACAACGGAUACCCUCGACUGAAAACGGAUCAGCACAAGUCCCGGCGGCGGAGCGAAGCACCCCAUUAGCAGAGGAAAAUGAGCGAACUAGACCAGCUACGCCAGGAGGCCGAGCAGCUCAAGAACCAGAUCAGAGAUGCCAGGAAAGCGUGUGCAGAUGCUACCUUGUCUCAGAUCACAGCAAACAUCGACCCAAUUGGCCGAAUUCAGAUGCGCACUAGAAGGACACUGAGGGGGCAUCUGGCUAAAAUCUAUGCCAUGCACUGGGGCACUGACUCGAGGCUUUUAGUCAGUGCCUCCCAGGAUGGUAAACUCAUUAUUUGGGACAGCUACACCACAAACAAGGUCCACGCCAUCCCACUGCGCUCUUCCUGGGUGAUGACGUGUGCCUACGCCCCCUCUGGGAACUACGUGGCCUGCGGAGGCCUGGACAACAUCUGCUCCAUCUACAACCUCAAGACCCGCGAGGGCAACGUGCGUGUCAGCCGCGAGCUGGCUGGACACACGGGUUACCUGUCCUGCUGUCGCUUCGUGGAUGACAGCCAGAUUGUCACCAGCUCUGGAGACACCACCUGUGCUCUCUGGGACAUUGAGACGGGCCAGCAGACGACCACAUUCGCCGGCCACACUGGUGACGUCAUGAGCCUGUCGCUGGCGCCCGACACCCGGCUGUUUGUGUCCGGGGCAUGCGACGCCUCCGCCAAGCUCUGGGACAUCAGAGAAGGAAUGUGCCGACAGACCUUCACCGGACACGAGUCAGACAUUAAUGCCAUCUGCUUCUUCCCCAACGGCAACGCCUUUGCCACGGGAUCGGACGACGCCACCUGCAGGCUGUUUGACCUGCGCGCCGACCAGGAGCUGAUGGUCUACUCCCACGACAACAUAAUCUGCGGCAUCACCUCGGUGGCGUUCUCCAAGAGUGGCCGCCUGCUUCUCGCCGGCUACGAUGACUUCAACUGCAACGUGUGGGACAGCCUCAAAGCCGACCGUGCAGGUGUCCUGGCUGGGCAUGACAACCGUGUCAGCUGCUUGGGUGUGACCGAUGACGGCAUGGCCGUGGCAACAGGGUCCUGGGACAGCUUCCUCAAGAUCUGGAACUAGAGUCUGAAGAUGUCAUCCCGACUCCAAAGUUGAGUGGAAGACCAUUCCAACAUCAAAAUGUUCAAUUUUAUUGCAUAUCCAAUUUUCUCAAAACACCACUAUAUUGACUCCCAACAACCAAAAAAAACGACCAAGGGCAAAAAUUAUCUCCUUCUCAUUUAAAAGAAGAGCACAAUUGUUUAUCACUCAGCUAAACGCUCAGCCGACAGGGUCUGGCCAUUCUGUAUAUUUAGUCCCAAGAUACUUUACUCUGUUUAUUUUUUUCUGUCUAGUCAUGAAUCUUUGUUUGCACAAAAUUUUACUUUGCAUAUAUAGAAGAAUGUUUAAAGAAAAGUGAACUAACCAAGCACAUGCUGUUUGUGAUAAUGAAUGCUAUUUUUUUUUAACUAAAGCCAACAAAAAAAAAACAUUUUACCCAUUCUCUUCACCUUUUGUUGGGUGACAAUGUAGAAUUAUGAAAUUAAGAUACACCCAUCGGUUCACUUUAUUUUAUUUCCCUUUUCUGUGGACUGUGGUUGGCACCGGUGAUUUGGUUGGGUAGGGAGGCCUCCACUAAUACUCCGGUUUCAUUCCGGAGUUUCAACAGAGGUGCCCAUUCUGUGCUUGGAAAUGCAGUUACUACUCUGAAUGACAUGUUGUAUAAAUCAAUGUUUGAAAAUAAUGAUAUUGAAACUUUUUAAGUUAAAAAAAAUAAAAAGUUUGUUGUCUGCCAUGGGUGGGUUAACUCUUAGAAUCGCAUGCUGUAGAAUUGCUUAAAAAGAGGUGCAUAUGGAACUAAGUCCUUUUGAUGUUUUUCUUUAAGAAAAUAACCUGUUAAAUAUAUCAUCAUUACAAUGGUAUUUAUAUUGUUUUUGGCUACUCUGUGCAUAAAUAAUUCAAUUAAAAUGUCAAAGCUAUGCACUUGAGAGAAGAAAACACCAUAACAUAAAUGGUUACCUGGUCUUAUGAUAUCCAUACUUGGGAAGGAUUCCUUGAUUUUAAAAGUAAUGUAAACAUUUAAAACACGCACGCACAGACACACAAAUGGAACAAAGAAAUGUUAAUUUCUUCUGUAGCAAACAAAUUCCAGUGACAAAAAAAAGAUUUUUUUUUGUAACAAACAGGUUUUUUUCUGUCCUUUAAUAAUAAAAAAGAAAAACUUGCAGCAUCUGAAUGGCAGAAUGUUCUGUUCCCCUCUCCUUGUAAACAGAGACUCUUUCUUUAGCAGUAGUGGCAUUUUUUCCAUUCUGUUUUCUCUGCGACAUUCUGUACAAAAAUGUGCUGUAAUUGUGCGUUAGGCCUGAAGUUGGCAAAAAAAAUUAAAAUAAAAAAAUAUUACAAAUGAAAUUCCCUUUCCUUUUCUCUCUCCAUUACAUAACUGUAGAUCUCUACACCACCACUGUUCCCUUCUCACCUUUUGUAUUUAAUUUUAAAGACAGUCAGUGUACAACUGAAAGCUGGAUGCAAGAUAGAAACUAUUAAAAUGAAUUGUUAUUUAAGAUGUAAUAAAAAGCAGUUUGAGAUC